AUGGAAGGGCAUCCUGUUCUUCUGAGACCUGAAGGUACCUUGCGUAUCAUCACGCUUGGAGGUUCUGGGGGUAUUCACCAAGAUCCUAAUGACCAAGUUCUCAAGGCACCUCUCAAAUACAAUACUCAAGGUUGCAACCGAGAGGUUAUCGCAUCUGUUGCAAGCAAAGAAGUGUUCUUAAAGGAGUGCAUCGAUCGCGAGAAACUUGUUUAUCGGGCGCUCCCAAAAGACGACCCUAAUAUCCUGAAAUGCCUGAGUAUUGCCGAAAGAGGAAUCCAGCUCCCCUUUGUACAGCAUAGGGAUGUCCGAAAUUAUCUCCAAAACCAUGAGAUUGAAGUGGAGACCCGAGAUCGCUGGAUUCAAAAUGCUGUUGACGCUAUUGCUACCAUUCAUGCAUGUGGUAUCGUCCACUCCGACAUCAGUCCGCGUAACUUUCUCGUUACUAAUGAUCUUUCAAUUCAACUAUGCGACUUCGCUGGAUCGAGAAUCAAUGAUAUUCACUCUUUAGUUGAGGAGAAAUCUCGAUAUCGGUUACCUUUGUCACCUUCGUCUCCUAGGACUGCUAUCACCGAUCUUUUUGCGCUUGGUUCUUUCAUCUACGAAAUCCCUACCGGUACAAGCCCUUUUCCCGACCUCGAUGAUGACGAAAUUGAGAGACGGCACGCCUCGCUAGACUUCCCAAGUCUAGAUGGCCUCAAAUACCACAAGGUUAUUUCUAAGUGCUGGAGGUCGCAAUACUCUUCCGCUGAUAUGGUAAGGGGCGAUAUUCGCCGCCUCCGCAAGGCUUCUACUUUCGAUACGAAACUACUUGACCCCUCAUUCAUUUUUCCUGUUCUAGCAAUGAUUUGCAUCAGAUUUACUGUCUGGACGUAUAAGGGGCGGAAUAGAUAA